AUGUCGGUCAUCACAUAUCGCGACGCCGUUUCAUCAGUUCUGAGAGAAGCUUUGGAUCAGGACGAGCGCGUCUUCCUCAUGGGCGAGGACAUCGGGCCUUACGGCGGAGCAUUCGCCGUCACCAAGGGUUUUUGGGAGCAGUAUGGCAAGCGGCGCAUCAAGGAUUCCCCUCUGGCUGAAUCGGUCAUUGUCGGCGCCGGCGUAGGGGCGGCUAUGGCCGGCCUGCGACCCGUUGUCGAGCUGAUGACCAUAAACUUCAGCCUGCUGGCUAUGGAUCAGAUCGUCAACCACGCGGCCAAGAUCAGGUACAUGUCCGGCGGCCAGUUCUCGAUCCCGUUGAUCAUCCGCACCGUCACCGGCGCCGGCGCGUCGGUCGGCGCGACCCACUCCCAGUCCUUCGAGGGCUGGUACGCUUCCGUGCCCGGCCUCACCGUGGUAACGCCGUCCACCCCACGCGACGUGAUUGGCCUGUUCCGAUCCUGCCGUGACCUGAGCGACCCGGUCAUGUUCGUUGAGCACAUCUUGCUCUACGGCACGCGCGGAGAGGCUCCCGAUAGCGGCGAUUUUCGUAUUCCCAUCGGCCAGGCCGACCUCCGCCGCACCGGCGGUGACAUCACGCUAUGUGGCUACUCCCGCAUGGCGUUGGUCGCCGAGCAGGCGGCCGAUAUCCUCACCCGGGAAGGCAUCGAGGCAGAUGUGAUCGACCUGCGCUGCUUGCGUCCCUGGAUAUGCAAACGGUCUUCACCUCGGUCAAGAAAACGCACCGCGCCCUGA